AUGCCUCGCGAGCCAGUGAUCUCGAAUAUUUCUAAUCAAGAACUUGAAACACGCGUAGCCGAGCUGAAGGCACAAGACAAUGCUCUGUACCUCCCGAGGCAGCUGCGAACAAAUACACGCAAGCUCUGCAGCUUGACGACCAGAAUGCAAUUCUCUAUUGUAAUCGCGCAGCAUGUCGACUGGCUCAGUCAAGGUUUCGAAAUCAUUUCGUCAGGAUUGACGCGACCUAUGCCGUACAAUCAGAUCCUCAAUAUAUCAAAGCUCAUGCACGGGUGGCCACAGCAAUGGAUCCCGACAGAAGCGAAGCAACACCAAUCCUACGUCGACAGUUUGGAGGCCUCCAAACUUGGGUAUGUUCGCGCACACCGUUACUAUGCACAAGGACGAAGCGCAAGGACUCCCGGUGGAACUGGCCACCAACGUGCUUCCCAGUUGCGGGCCGUGAACAACCCUCACAGUCGAGGGGACACUAGUGCGUGGGUUAUCUAUGCUGCACACGAGCAGUUUCACAAGGGUAUGGAAAUAUUGAAGAACUUGCAAAGCGUAAACUCGUCAAAAACCUACCUCGUUGAAGGGAAAACAGUGAGAGUUGGAACACUGUCCGCCCCGCUCUCUGUCGGUGUGUGGGCUCGCUUCCUGCAAGGGUUCUUACACGGCGGAUUCCACGGCCGUCCGGAUGUAGCUACAGAGUAUGCAGGCCACGCCAUUGAGAUCAUCAAGUUAGGCAGAAAGGUGUGGUCAAAUGGCCGAGUGGCUGGACCAGUAUCUGAAGGCGCAGGCCCUGAACACCAGCGAAUGUCCUUUAGCGACUUUAGACAAGAUGCCGACAGUUUAAUAACCGAUAUAAAAGAGUCGUGGCUCCGCUUUCCCAACGGUGGCAAUGAUCCUGAGUUUAUCUACUCGUUCCAUUAUUACCCACUGGGUACUGCUUACGCUUUCGUGAAGUACGUUCGGGUUUCUGGCACCUUCUACCUUGAAGCUUCGGACCAGUACCCGCCCGACGAGGAAUAUUCUGGAUGGUAUUUGAAGUGUGCCUUGGCUAACAUGAUGGAGAUACGAAGCCCUCUGAGCCUCCUCGUCUGGGCAAAGACGAUGAAGGGGGGGAGGGACAAGCGAAUUGCGGAGCUCUUGAAGACGGAAAAGAAGCCCAAGGAGCUGGCAAAGAAAAAUGUCGUCUCUAUGAAUGACACGUUCAACGAGUCUCUUUGGUAG